CUCUUAAUUUACCUUUGAUUUUUUUACGGACUAAAUCUGAAAGUUAACGUUAACAAAAGCUUCCAAAAAUAAAUUAAGAAAUGGUAUGCUUGAAAUUACGAGAUAGAAUGACAAAUCAAUGGAUCCGACAGCAACGUCAAAAGUCGUUGAUGUCAUGGAAAGAAUAGCAUCUUUAAAGUGGAGUUGGGCGGGAUAUAUUGCAAGAAGGACGGAGGAACGUUGGACCAAAAAGAUCAUGAACCUAAAACACGACCUAGAGGUAGACCACCAGAUGGAAUAAUGGUAUAAAGCGAAUUACAGGCACAAGUUGGCAUCAAGUGCCAACGAGUCUUUCGGAAUGGAAGAGAAUUGGGGAGCCCUACGUCCAGCAGUGAAUAGAAACAGGCUGAAAAAGAAGUAGAAGGAGACAUCUUAAACCCAAUUAUAAGUCAAUACGGACAAAAGACAAUUGAAAUUACAAGUUUUACGAUUUAAACAGGUCUAAAAUAUAUAGAGUACCAUACCUUUACCAUUUAUCCUCUGGUAAGGAAUGCUCUGCUGACCAGCAACAAAAUUUGCUCAAGUUCAUUUUAUAUUCUUUCAAUCUUUCAACCUCGCCCUUCAACUUGUAAUAUGUUUCAUCGUUUACCUAAUCGAGCAGUAUUUUGUUAUGAAGAAGCCUAUCCUCAUAGACGAUGGUGAUCUCCUACAACUUCUUCAGCCGAUUCAUAACAAGUUUUUAUUUGUUUUUAGAUAUGUGACACAAAAUGCUCACACAUCGUCCUACUAUCACUACAUUGGAAAGGAGCCAUUAGCAUAUCGAACGCUGGGUCAACAGAUGGAACGUGCUGCUGAUAAAUUUGGUGAUAAUGAUGCAAUCGUUUCCUAUCACGAAGGUAAAAGGUUGACGUAUAGCCAGGCACUAAAGAAGAUCGAUCAAUUUGCUGCGGGACUGCUUAAACUAGGAUUGAGCCGAGGCGAUAGAAUUGCAAUAUGGGCGCCAAAUACUAUGAACUGGUACAUUGCAGUGAUGGCGGCUGCGAAAGCAGGUCUGAUAUCGGUAGCUAUUAAUCAUUCGUAUCAGAUACCUGAAAUGGCUUACUGCAUAAAGAAAGUGGGAAUUAAGGCAAUCGUGACCACCGAAACUUUUAAAACACAAAACUAUUACGAUAUGAUCUGUGAAAUUGUGCCAGAAAUAAAAGAUACUUCAGACGGUAUCAUCAGGAGUUCCGAGUACAAUAGUCUACGAGCCGUCAUAAUGGAUUCCGAUAACGAUCAUCUAGGAACUUUCAAAUUUGAAGACAUCUGUUCGGCACCCUCAAACAAGGACAUUAUCGAUCUAAACAAUAGGUCGCGUAUAAUUCAGCCAGAUGAUCCGUGCAAUAUACAAUUUACGUCCGGCACUACAGGAAAGCCAAAGGCCGCUGUGAUGAGCCACUACAACUUUGUGAAUAAUGGAAUUCAUGUUGCCAACCGCAUGGAAUUAGAUGAAAAAUAUCAUAAAAUAUGCGUCCAGGUACCGCUAUUCCAUGCAUACGGAGUCGUCAUUUCACUAUGCGUCGCCAUCGAACAUGGUUCCACAGUAGUAUUACCAUCACCUGGUUUCAAUCCGGAGCAAUCGCUUCGGGCAAUUGUCGAUGAAAAAUGCACUCUCAUUAAUGGUACGCCUACAAUGUACGUUGAUCUCAUAGCUAAGCAGAAGGAAUUGAAUUUGCCAAUCACAACCGCUGAAAUCGCUAUAACCGGAGGCGCUACGUGUUCGCCACAAUUAUUCCGCAAUAUAAAAAGUACAUUUGGGUUGAGAUCCGUUAAAACUGUGUUUGGUAUGACCGAAUUAUCACCGGUUUGUUUUAUAUCAACGAAAGAAGACAGUGAGUACCAAGUCACAGAAACAGUAGGAUUCAUCCUGGACCACUUGGAAGCAAAAGUGACCAACGAACAAGGUCUGAUUGUCCCGUUCGGUACACCUGGGGAAUUGUGCGUGCGCGGCUAUUCGACAAUGUUGGAAUAUUUCGAUGAUCCGCAAAAAACCAGAGAAACAAUUUCAAACGAUAGGUGGCUCAGGACUGGAGACCAGUUUGUGCUGCAAGAAGAUGGCUACGGAAGGAUAAUUGGCCGGUAUAAAGAAAUGAUCAUUCGUGGUGGAGAGAACAUUUUCCCGAAAGAAAUUGAAGAUUUUCUGUCCACUCAUCCGGACAUUCUUGAGAACUACGCGUUUGGUGUUCCAGAUGAAAGAUUGGGAGAAGAAAUUUGUGUACACAUUCGCACCAGUGAAAAGGGAAAGAGCUUGACUGCAGACGAUAUUCGAAACUUUUGCAAGGGUUCAAUUGCACAUUUUAAAAUUCCCAGGUACAUUAAAUUCGUCGAUGAUUUUCCAAAAACAACGUCAGGUAAAAUCCAAAAAUUUAAGUUACAAGAACAAUUUGUUAAGCCAGCCUAGAUGUGUACAGUAUGUAUAAUAUUUAUAUCGAAUAAAAAUAAGAUUGAACAA